AUGAAUCAAAGUCUGGCUGAUGUUUGGGCUGCGUUCAAAGCCGAGCAGGGGCAGCAUGUUUGUUUGGCCCCGGGAUCUGAGGCGGCUCAGAGGCCCAGCUUUAAUCAGAAUAACCUGCCCUGCUCUAAUGAGGGUAACCAAGAGGCCACCAACCCUCCGGAAGCCAUGGCCCAGCCGUACACCCCCGCGCAGUACCCCCCUCCCCCACAGAACGGCAUCCCGGCCGAGUUCGCCGCGCCGCACCCGCUGCCCGCUCAGGACUACACGGGCCAGAGCCGCGUCCCGGAGCACGCCAUGACGCUGUACACGGCCGCGCAGACGCACAGCGAGGCCCCGCCCACAGACACGCCCACCCCCAACACCACGAGCGCACCGGUCAGUGUCCUCCACCACCUCAGCACCUCAUGCUGCCAGCCCCACGUGCUGCAAGGUCAGGCUGAGGAAGCUAAUGCUACUGUAAACAUCCCGAACAAAGAUGGCUACCACGCACAAUCACGCCGUCUGCUCAACUUUCUUUCCCCUCACAAUAAGGCCGUCUCGCUGCGUUGUAAGAAGCACGUUUUGUACCAGUUUUGCACAUUAAAGAGGUUACAGACGACGGCAGCGGCGGCUUGGAAGCACGGCUGGGUUUGGCUCGUAGCUUAG